AUGGUGGAAGUUGAUGCCUCUCUACCACCUGGUGGCACAGAUGGUUUCUAUGGCAUAAUAGUUCGAGAUAGCAAUGGUGGUUUCAUUGCAGCGAGAAGUGGACCAAUUCGUUGUCUUAAAGACCCUCAUCUUGCAGAGACUUUCGCUGUUAAGGAAGCUCUUUCAUGGACUCUUGAACAAGGCUGGCAUAACAUUCUUCUAAAAUCAGACUGUUGCGUUCUCAAGUAUUGCCGAUCUCUUAAACGACACUUUGAAUCAAUGUCCAUUCAAUAUAUCAAUCGAUCAGUGAAUAAGCUUGCUCACGUGUUGGCUAGAGCUGCUAGUUCUCAUACUGGUCAUCUUAAUUGGUUUUCUAAUAUCCCUUCUUGUAUUGAACAUUUAAUUGCUUGA